CGGGCCGUGCAGCCUGUGACAGCGGCGGCGCUCUCCCUUCCGCUGGGUGUGGGCUCUGCCGCAGCAGCAGCGCCGCGCCCGCCCAGCCCGGGAGCGGACACACACACACACACGCGCACCGCGGCGCGCCGGGGCCCCGUCCCCGCUUCUCCCCGCGCCCAGGGGCCGGAGGCAGCCAUGUCGCUAUUGUCUGGGGCGCUGCCCGCGCUGCGGCUCUAUUGCAUCGGCCUCGCCGUCGCCCUGCACCAGCUGCUGCGCCGCCUCCGCCCCGGCGGGCCCCCCGCGCCAGUUUACCCUACACAAAAUGGAAAUGUCGCUAUAGUGACUGGAGGUGCUAAAGGAAUUGGUUAUCAUACUGUGAAGCAUUUGGCAAGACUUGGCAUGCAUGUUAUACUAGCUGGAAACGAUGAAAGUGAAGGCCAAGAAGCGGUGAGGAAAAUAAAAGAAGAAACUGUGAAUGAAAAAGUGGAGUUUUUACACUGUGAUUUGGCUUCAAUGAAGUCCAUACGGCAAUUUGUGCAACAGUUUAGAGAAAAGAAUUGUCCACUCCACGUCUUGGUGAAUAAUGCGGGGGUGAUGCUGGUCCCUGAAAGGAAAACAGAGGAUGGAUUUGAGGAGCACUUUGGCUUGAACUACUUGGGACAUUUCCUGUUGACUAACCUUCUCUUGGAAACAUUGAAGCAAUCAGGAACUCGCAGUCGCAAUGCUAGAGUCAUCACUGUCUCAUCAGCCACGCAUUAUGUAGGGAGAUUGCACCUUAAUGAUUUACAAAGCAGAUGUUCUUAUUCACCCCAUGGAGCCUAUGCCCAAAGCAAACUUGCCCUUGUAUUGUUUACCUAUCGACUACAGCAUCUCAUGACAGCAGGUGGGAGCCAUGUGACUGCUAAUGUAGUGGACCCUGGAGUAGUGAACACCGAGCUCUAUAAACAUGUCUGUUGGGCUACAAAAGUGGUGAAGUGGAUGACAGCCUGGCUAUUUUUCAAGACUCCGGAGGAAGGAGCCUUUACAUCCAUCUAUGCAGCUGUCUCACCAGAGCUGGAAGGAGUUGGUGGCAUCUAUCUUUACAAUGAGCAAAGGACAAAAUCUACUGAUGUAUCGUAUGAUGAAGAGCUGCAGCGAAGGCUCUGGACUGAAAGCUGCAAGAUGACUAGGAUUUCUGAUGUAGGUAGCAGAGAUCUCUAAAAGUAGCCACUUCCAACUGGGUGAAUGAAAUGUGUCCAACAAGCAUCCUUACCUGACUCCUUGCAGCAUGAACCAUCAUCCUGGAAUUCACUGUUCAGUUCCAAAGGCAAAUGUGAACAGUGCUGCUUUUCACUUGAACCCAUAGUCUGCUAGGGAGUCAAGGGGAAAUAUUCCCACAGAAAUGUGUAUAGGGUGGUUUUAAAUUUAACCAUCAGUUUUGUAAUCAUGAUGUUUUGGUCUGUGAUUAAAAAAAAUCAUUAACCUUG